UAACAGUGGGUAGCUUCGAUAGGAAUGUUCGCCGAAGCGUACUGUGACGUCACGAUUCGGGCAUGCGUGUAAACUGGUUGGCAGAACCAAAAAUUGAUAAUGGCGCUUAGUAUGAAGAAGUCUACCGAUAACGAUAUUUUAUCAACAUAUGCGAACUCUUUGUCAGAAGAAGCGAAAAGGAGAUAUACGGUAAAGUUGCUGUACAACCGUGGUACCUGUUCUCUGCCUGAUCCUUACCAUUUAACGGAGAAUUGGAGCCGAAGCCCAGAUACCUGGCCAGAUCUGACGUUCGGUGAUAUUUACCUGUACCUGAUCGACACGCCAUCUUUGUUUACAAAGGAGUCUAUGAAGGCCUACAAAUCAUUAGAUGCUUACAAGUACGUAUUGAGUGGACAUGUGCAGGAAGUGAUCUCUCAUCAGAUUGACGAGAAUUGUCCAUAUAUGACAUUAAAGACCAAAGUAACACCUUCACAGAGAGCCAGAGACAAACCCCACGAACCAUGGGUGUAUUUGGAGAAGGCCAGUGGAUCAGUGUACUGUGCACACUGCACAUGCAUGGCAGGACUUGGAGAAGUUUGCAGUCAUGUGGCAGCGUUGUUGUUUAAAGUGGAGAUGGCAGUGAAGAUGGGCUUAACAAAGUCUAGUUCUACCAGCAAGGCCUGUCAGUGGAAUUGCACAUUUCGAAAGGAGGUGACACCAGCCACAAUUACAGAAAUAUACAGCCAAAUAAAGGGAAAACGGACAAAGGAAAUUGAUUCUGUCCAAGCACAUGGCUCAGCACCUCUUCCACCACAAAAUAUUCUUCAAGAAUUGUACGCCAUCGCACCAAAUGCUGCCUUUUUCACUUCCUUGAGUGGAAUGACAUCAGUGACUGAUCAAGUUGAACCAAAAUAUCCAAAACUAUUAUCUACCUUAAGACAAGAUGACAUUGAAGGCAACAUUCCCGAUUUGUGUGAAGUAUACCAGUCAUACUCAGUGUCUGCCAGCCAAGUCAGCAACUUGGAGAAAGCAACAAGAAAUCAAAGCAUUAGUCCUUUGUGGUACCAGCACCGAAUGGGAAGGAUCACUGCCUCUAAAGCCCAUGACGUUCUUGUGAGGAGAGACUCAACUUCACCAGAUAACUUGGUAAGACGUGUAGCUGGUUACAGCGUGUAUGACUUGUCCAAGAAUACUGCUGUGAAAUGGGGUAUAGAUACUGAAGAGGAGUGCAGGCAGGCAUUUGCCAGUCAUCAAAAAGGAAACCACCUGAACUUCAAAUGUCAGUUAUCUGGAUUUGUGAUUGAUCCUGCCCACCCCUUCUUAGGAGUUAGUCCAGAUGGCAUGAUAAGCUGUGAUUGUUGUGGGAAAGGUGUUUUAGAGAUUAAGUGCCCCUAUAAACACAGAGAUAUUUCAGUUGAGGAGGCAGUGUCCUGGUCGCUGAAUAAAGACUUCGAAGCAGUCAAUGAUACUACAGCACUUCGGAUAUGA